AUGGGGGCCGUGGCGUGUACACAAAUCGAAGAUGGAUCGGAGCGGACGGUCGCUGGUUCCCAAGAGCAAUCCCAGUACCACCUGCCGACGGCGGAUUGUGGACACCGUAUCAUAUUCGAACAAGGCGCCUACCGCGUUAUCGACGAUCCCCGCAUCAAACACACGCCGAAUCUCGACGUCGCUGAGCUCUACGACUCCCUCAUUGCCGUUCAGGGGACUCGCCGCGACGGCAUCCAGGAGGUUUUCAUCAACCGGCAGCAGAACUCCUUUGUUCGAUUCCCCCGUGUAAACACACUCAAGUUUUGGGAUGUCCCCUUCCUACGAUUCUUCCCAUUCGAGUUUUCCGACGAAAAAGUUCCAAUUGGGGGAAUAGGGAGGGACGAGACGCUUUGCAUAUGA